AGUAAAGACUCGUUUCUCACCCGCAGGGCGGGGGCAGAGCGGUGUCCCGUAGCGUAGAGCAUCCUGCCCGCUUGGGGCUGCUGGCCGGGUUAGCACUGCCCGGGGGGCGCGUGGAGCCCCGGGGUCAAGGGAAGGAGAUCUCCGGGAUCGCUGGGGGGACGGGACAUGCUGGAGAGAAGCUCUGGGAUCAGCGUUGGGGAGGGGGGAGGAGGAGAUCAGGACUUGUUGAAGUGCCGCCGUGCAAAGGGGUGUGUGUGUGGCGGGGGGGACCUUCGUGCCAUCCAGUCCCAAUGGACUCUGGAAGAGCGGACUCCACAAGCUGGCUGUGUUUACACGGACUCCGCUUUCUGCCGGGGGAGCUGGUCGGGCAGGAGCCGGGGCGAUGUUUACAACCAUAUGUUGGCCGGACUGGCAGAGACGGGACAAUUCUCUCUGCCCAGCGCUGAGACCCGCUUCAGUUGCAAGACGGGGCCGGGAAUCACCCCUCUCUCAAAGCCAGGAGCCUGCCCGCUCUCUGCCGAUGCAAUGCGUCCGGAGAGCUGCCCCCCUUUGCUCCCCCACCCUAGACGCGGGGGACUAGCUCUUUGCAGAAGGAUAACGAGUACAUGGUUAAAGCCCCCUCCUCCCCCCACACACACACUCUUUGCACGGGGGUGACGGCACGCGGCGUUGCGAUGCAUGGAUGUGGCUUGCAGAGGUCGGUUGUUUUGUGGCUCCGGACAGGAGCAAAAGGGACCCCCCCCCCCAAAAGGAGAGCAUCGGGCUGCAACGCUCAAGCCCAUCUCCCCCUGGCGCGCUGGGAGGCCGGCCGGGGCUGCUCGGGAAGGCGCUGGUGGGGAGCAGGAGGAGGAGGCUGUGUGUGCUCUGCUCGCAGGCUGUUAUGGUAAUGUUGACAGGAGAAGCAGCGAGGCAGGGUUACUCUCGGUCAAGCAGAGCUCUGGGGCCGAGGAAAGGGCGGGGGGAGCAGUAGCAAUGCACUGGGUUCCUUCGCUUCUUAGCCCCGCCAGGUGGGCUAAACACACCCCAAAGGCAACCCCACAUCCGGACUCACAGCCUGGCAAGGCCGAGGGGCUCUGAAAUGCAGCAUCCCCUCUCCCCGCUUUCUGCCCCGUGCAACGAAUCAGUGGCAGGGGAUCCAUUCCCGAUUGAGAAAUUAGCAUAGAAAUGCCUGGAACGAAUGUGUGAUCGGCAUGUGUAUGCGAGCGAGGCAGCGGAUGACUGCUUCCCCAGCCCGGCAGCGGCUGCUGUAGAUUAAAGUGUUUCCUCUUUAAGAAGGCAGGGGAAAGUGGAGGAGCUUUUCAGAAGCCUGCUUUCUCCAAAAGGGCUCUGGGGCGUUUGCAAGCAGUGGAAUGGGGAAACCACGCGAGCUGGAAAGCAUUCUUCUGAGCUUCCUACUAACGCUCAAAAAAACAACAAGGAGUCCGGUGGCGCCUUAAAGACUAACAGAUUCAUUUGGUCAUAAGCUUUCGUGGGUAAAAAACCCCACUUCUUCAGAUGCUAAUAUAGAUACCCCUUAGGCUGCCCCCUAACACCACCCCUUUAAAAGUGGCGAUCACCAUAUCAUGCUGUAUCAAAUGCAUCCUCUCUUUAGUGCACCUUGCGGAGGCUUUCGCUUGAACUUUCACUGUGUGGUAUAUGCUGGUGGGAUAUCCGUAACAGAUUAUCCAGGAAUGGUGGAUCACUUGCUUCCUGCUGAUGAAUAUUUUUCAUCCACAAGAUCCCCCGUUGGAUACUUUGGGGACAUGAUGGCCGGUGGGAGGUCGUAUCAGAUGCUGCCCUCACCUGUGUCAGAAGAUGACAGCGAUUCUUCAAGCUUUUGCUCUUGUUCCAGUCCUGAUUCCCAGGUUCUCAGCUCUAGCUAUGGAAGCACAUCUAGCGCUGAAAGUCAAGAUAAUAUUUUAGACUAUUUACUGUCCCAGGCUUCCUUGGGGAACACCCCUGCUUCUUGGUGGGACAAAAGGAGACUUCAACCAGUAGUGAAAGAGGAGUAUUUCAGAUUGCCUGAGUUCGCAGUGGAUAUGGAAGAUUCUGGACCAUUUCAGCCCACACUUGAGGAGAUUGAGGAGUUUCUGGAAGAAAACAUGGAGUUGGAUCUCAAGGAAGGGCCUAAAAGUGAGACCAAGGACUUGAGAGCUUGCAGCCAAGUUUCCGUUGCUUCAGUCCAGCAAAAAGACCAUCUGGUACCUAGCGUUAAUUUAAAAGAAAGUAAAAGUGAACAAUCAAGUAGCUCAACAGAAGGUAGCGAUGUUUCAAACGGAGCUCUAUCCCUGGAGGGAGGGAUACCUGUCAUGCUCCAAAUUCAGCCUGUACAGAUCAAACAAGAGUCAAAUACAAGCCCUAGUUCACAAGGACCAGCACAAGAGAAUAUUAAAAUUGCACAGCUCCUAGUCAACAUUCAAGGACAGACAUUUGCACUUGUGCCGCAGAUUGUUCAGUCAUCCAAUUUGAACUUGUCCUCUAAAUUUGUCCGCAUAGCUCCAGUCCCUAUUGCUGCAAAGCCUAUUGGGCCAGGAGGCAUGAUCCAGGGUCAAACGGGGAUCAUCAUGGGCCAGAAAUUUCCAAAGAACCCUGCGGCAGAACUCAUUAAAAUGCACAAAUGUUCUUUCCCUGGCUGUACCAAGAUGUACACUAAAAGCAGCCAUUUGAAAGCGCACCUGAGGAGACACACAGGAGAAAAACCUUUUGCAUGCACGUGGCCCGGUUGUGGAUGGAGGUUCUCCAGAUCAGAUGAGCUCUCCCGGCACAGGCGCUCCCACUCUGGAGUGAAACCUUACCAGUGUCCUGUCUGCGAGAAGAAAUUUGCUCGAAGUGACCACUUAUCCAAACACGUCAAGGUGCACCGGUUCCCUAGAAGCAACCGCUCUGUGCGCUCAGUGAACUGAUUGGUCCCACCUACCCCUUGCCACCCGUCCAUCGCAGAACAGCCGACAACAGCACUUUGCUCACUAUAUUUCUUGUGAUAAUUUAUUUGUCUCCAUAGAACAGUCAGCGCUGUUACUUCACACUACCACCUCUGAAUGUUUUGUGUCCUACAAACAUAAUUUGAGAACAAAGUUCUUUUGGGGGAGG